CUGAAGAAUAUGAUGGCUGAAAACAAUUUAAAAAUGCUAAAGAUUCAACAGUGUGUAGUAGCCAACAAACUACCUAGAAACAGGCCAUAUAUUUGCAAUAUUUGCUUCAAGCACUUUGAAACGCCAUCAAAAUUAGCUAGGCAUUAUCUCAUUCAUACUGGUCAAAAGCCAUUUGAAUGUGAUGUGUGUCAUAAAACUUUUAGACAACUGGUUCAUCUGGAGAGACAUCAACUAACUCAUAAUCUGCCUUUUAAAUGUAGCAUUUGUCAACGCCACUUUAAAAAUCUGAAGACGUUUGUGAAGCACCAACAACUUCACAAUGAAACCUACCAGAAUGACGUUAAACAGGUCAGAAGAUUGCUGGAGGCCAAGCAAGAAAAGCCGGUAUAUGGGAUGUAUCAUACUUUUACCACAGAGGAAAGAUGGGCAUUACACCCGUGCUCUAAAUCUGAUCCUGCAUACAGCCCUACAAAGAAAAGAAAGAAUAUUCAUGCAUGUACGAUCUGCGGCAAGAUGUUUCCAUCACAAUCAAAACUUGAUAGGCAUGCACUUAUUCAUACUGGUCAGAGGCCUUUUAAGUGUGUCCUGUGCAGUAAGUCUUUCCGACAGUCAACUCAUUUAAAAAUUCAUCAACUCACGCAUUCAGAAGAAAGACCUUUUCAAUGUUGUUUUUGUCAAAAAGGAUUUAAGAUUCAAAGCAAACUUCUGAAGCAUAAACAAAUCCAUACCAGGAAUAAGACCUUUCAGACUCUUUCAUUAAAGGUGAAGAGUCCAGAAUCAUGCCCGCUGCCUAAUAAAUUAAAUGCAAAGCAGGAUAGUUUGGAAAAUGGUGAUUUAGGUGAAUCUGAGGAGAAUAAUCCACUUGAUGUCCACUCUAUUUAUAUCGUCCCUUUUCAGUGUCCAGAGUGUGAAGAGUGUUUUGAAUCAGAGCAGAUUCUCAAUGGACAUAAGUGUUUUCCUGCCAGAGGUGGCAAAAUGCCAAGCAGGCUCAAAAGAAGCUACAACUAUAAAACCGUUGUUAAAAAAAUCUUGGCUAAACUUAAACGUGCUGGGGGUAAGAAAUUAGAUAAUCUUCGAUCUGAGAAAAAAGUAUUUAAAAACAAUUUCUUGGAAAAUUGUGAUCUUAUUUCCGGUGAGCAGAGCCCUGAACAAACCCAGAGAACAUUUAUGGGCCCUCUUGGCAAGCAUGGAACAUACAAGACAGUUGGCAAUAAAAAGAAGAAAACAUUGACUUUGCCAUUUUCUUGGCAAAAACACUUCCAGAACCAAAAUGUGGGUAAAAACUUGAAAGGUAUCCUUACGACAGAAAACAUGUUAACUAUAGAUAAUUCAGCGAAUAAUAAAGACGUAUCUAUCUACGGUUCAUCAGGUGAGGAAUUCUUUAAUAACUGUGAAGUGCUUCAGUGUGGUUUUUCAGUUCCAAGUGAAAACCUACAUACUGGACAUAAGAUGUGUCCUUGUGACAAAUGUGAGAAAGUGUUCCCUUCUAUAUCCAAACUACAAAGACACUAUUUAAUUCAUACUGGACAGAGGCCUUUUGGCUGUAAUGUUUGUGGGAAAUCUUUUAGACAGUCAGCUCAUUUAAAAAGACACAAAUUAACUCAUAUUGAUAAGAUUCCUUAUAGACGAUCUCUUUGCCAAGUAGAAUUUGAAAAUUUGAACCAACUUCUCAUUCAUCCAGGUGAUAAUAUUAACUAUAAUGCUUCCCAACAAUGUCAGACUCCCGGUUUCCAAAAAUAUGAGGCCUCAGAGUCAGAUCAAAUAUCAGAAAUAAAAGUUAAGGCAGAAUCGGAGGAUUUCAUUCUUAGUCCCCCCUAUAGGAACAGGCAGCCCUAUCUCUCUAGUGUACUUUUGCAGUCAGAACAGAGCCAUCACGGUCACUGUUGUGGUUAUUCAGGGCGGGCGGAGAGGAAUGAUGGCCUUCUCUACCAAUGCAGCGUUUGUUCCAAGAGUUUUAGAUCUCCAUCUAAACUGGAAAGACACUAUCUAAUUCACGCAGGGCAGAAGCCAUUUGAAUGCUCAGUCUGUGGCAAAACAUUCAGACAGGCUCCUCAUUGGAAGAGACAUCAACUUACUCAUUUUAAGGAGUGA